CAAACGCAGAAAGCUUAGUAUAAAAGUGAGAAUCAGUAGCAAAAACAUUUCAUAAACAUCGCAAUCCACAAUCGCCAAUCGCCAAUCGCCAAUGAAGAUGAUUGAGGUUUCCCAAAUCGCUGCUGAGCAACUUGUUCUCGAACUCAGCAACCCCGAUCUCCGAGAAAAUGCUCUUCUCGAACUCUCCAAGAAGAGAGAGUUAUAUCAAGAUCUCGCUCUGUUACUGUGGAAUUCCUUUGGCACCAUUGCAGCGCUUUUACAGGAAAUAGUUUCUAUAUACCCUGUUCUUUCGCCCCCAAAUCUUACUCCAGCUCAAUCAAAUCGAGUGUGCAAUGCUCUUGCUCUUCUUCAGUGUGUGGCAUCUCACCCUGAUACAAGGAUGCUAUUCCUCAAUGCUCAUAUACCUCUAUAUUUGUAUCCUUUCCUUAAUACAACAAGCAAGUCAAGACCAUUUGAAUAUUUGAGGCUUACUAGCCUUGGUGUCAUUGGUGCUUUAGUGAAGGUUGAUGAUACGGAAGUUAUAAGUUUCCUUCUUUCAACAGAAAUAAUUCCGUUGUGCCUUCGCACUAUGGAACUGGGAAGUGAAUUGUCAAAAACAGUUGCAACCUUUAUAGUUCAGAAAAUUCUUUUGGAUGAUGUGGGUUUGGAUUAUGUUUGUACCACAGCGGAACGCUUUUUUGCAGUAGGUCGAGUUCUGGGGAACAUGGUGGCAGCUCUGGCUGAGCAACCCUCAUCUCGCCUUUUGAAGCACAUUAUUCGUUGCUAUCUUCGUCUAUCCGAUAAUCGGAGGUUGGAUAACAGGGCUUGUGAUGCACUAAGAAGCUGUCUUCCGGAGAUGUUAAGAGAUGCUACUUUUAAUACCUGCCUUCGUGAAGACCAAACAACUAGGAGGUGGCUACAGCAGUUGCUUCACAAUGUUGGAGUGAAUAGGGUUCCUCCACUACAAGCCGGAGCAGGAUUCGAUCAUAAUAUGAUGGUGGCGUGAGGACGAGUUCUCGCUUCAUCACGGGUCUUCGAUAUCACC